ACUCUUCAACCUCUAUAUAAUAAUACUAAUAAUAUAUUGCUUUUCGUUUUUCCUCCAGUUUCUUCUUUGGCUCCUCCGACACUUUCUCCUGUUCGCUUUUAGGGGAUAGGAGGCGAAAUUCUAUUUGAAGAAAGGAUUUUGUUGCUUCUUCAGCGAACAGGAAAGUUCAAUAUGGAGCAAAAUGAUACAGGCUGCCAAGCUCCUCAAGCUCCUGUCCUUUGUGUUAACAAUUGUGGAUUUUUUGGAACUGCAGCAACAAUGAACAUGUGCUCGAAGUGCUACAAGGACAUGAUGUUUAAGCAAGAACAAGCUAACUUUGCCGCUUCAUCUAUUGAAAACUUUGUGAAUGGUGGAAGUUCAAGCACUAGUGUGAAAGCUGUUGAUGUUGCUGUAACCGUGCAGGAAGGUCCCACAAAGUCCCUGGUUAUACCCACACAGGUUGCAUGUGCACCACCAGAGAACGAACAUGUUCAGAAGGCUGAGGAGGGGCCAAACAGGUGCAGCACCUGUAAGAGACGAGUUGGUUUGACCAGCUUCAGUUGCCGUUGUGGGAAUCUUUUCUGCUCAGCUCAUCGCUACUCUGACAAGCAUGAGUGUCCCUAUGAUUAUCGCAAGGCUGCUCAAGAUGCUAUUGCGAAAGCCAAUCCAGUUGUUAAGGCUGAAAAGGUCGACAAAAUAUGAAGGAAUGUUCCGAGUUAUGAGCUGCAGUAUUAUCCAAGUUUGUCUUCUAUACCUGUCUGGUGACAGCGGUUGUUAGGUGCCUAGGAUUACGAGGGGUUGAGAGAAAAAAGCAUAAGGCAACUUUGCAACUUGAGGGGUAGUAAUGUUGGUAUCGAGUAAGGAAUGUUGUGGUUCCAUCUUUAGUGCUUGUUUUGUGCUUGUGAUGGACAUUCUUUUGGGUUAUCUUAUCAUGUAGUGAUUCCAAUUUAAUAACAUAAAAGUUGGUGUUCCUUAAGUAAAAGAA